CUCUCCCCUCCCCCCACAGGCUGUGAAUAUCCUGCAUCUGAGAAAUCAGACCACUGAGGCUGCCAAAGCAUGCUGGUGCCAAGCUGUCCCAUGAUGCACAUAGCCAGACCCGUGCUGCUCGUCCUGGGUCUUCUCCUCCUCCUCGCCAAUGCCGAAACACCACCAAAGUUUUUAAGAACCCCCAAUGACCAAACAGGCGUGCAAGGAGGCGUGGCGUCCUUCAUUUGCCAAGCGACGGGAGACCCACGCCCCAAGAUCGUUUGGAACAAGAAGGGGAAGAAAGUCAGCAACCAGAGAUUUGAGGUAGUGAUUGAGUUCGAUGACGGCUCUGGCUCGGUGUUGAGAAUUCAGCCCUUGCGUACGCCCCGAGACGAAGCCAUAUACGAGUGCGUCGCCUCCAACUCUGUUGGAGAGCUGAGUGCAACUACGAGACUCACUGUUUUACGUGAGGACCAACUGCCUGCUGGUUUCCCCACCAUUGACAUGGGCCCCCAGUUGAAAGUGGUAGAGCGAACUCGCACGGCCACCAUGCUCUGUGCCGCCAGCGGCAACCCUGACCCAGAUAUCUCCUGGUUCAAAGAUUUCCUGCCCGUCAACACCACCAACAACAAUGGACGCAUCAAGCAGCUCAGAUCAGAAUCCUUUGGUGGUACACCAAUAAGAGGGGCCCUCCAGAUUGAGCAGAGCGAAGAGUCCGACCAGGGGAAGUAUGAGUGCGUCGCCACUAACAACGAUGGAACUCGCUAUUCUGCCCCCGCCAAUCUAUACGUUAGAGAGCUGCGAGAAGUGCGCCGGGUACCCCCGCGGUUCUCCAUCCCUCCCACGGACAACGAGAUCAUGCCUGGAGGCAGUGUCAACAUCACCUGUGUGGCGGUGGGCUCCCCUAUGCCCUACGUCAAAUGGAUGCUGGGAGCCGAAGACCUGACGCCCGAGGACGACAUGCCCAUUGGACGAAACGUUUUGGAGCUCACUGACGUCCGCCAGUCGAACAACUAUACCUGCGUGGCCAUGUCCACUCUGGGGGUCAUCGAGGCGGUGGCGCAGAUCACGGUGAAAGCAUUGCCCAAGCCUCCCGGUAUUCCCGUGGUGACGGAGCGCACGGCCACGAGCAUCACGCUGACGUGGGACUCAGGCAACCCUGAGCCUGUCUCCUAUUACAUCAUCCAGCACAAGUCCAAGUUCUCAGAGGACACAUACAAGGAGAUCGACGGCGUGGCCACCACUCGCUACAGUGUGGGCGGCCUCAGUCCUUACUCGGACUAUGAGUUCCGGGUGCUGGCGGUGAACAACAUCGGGCGUGGGCCGCCCAGCGAGGACAUCGAGGCCAAGACGGCUGAGCAAGCGCCCAGCACGGCGCCCAGGCAGGUCAGGGGUCGUAUGCUCAGCGCCACCACGGCUAUUAUCCACUGGGACGAACCAGAGGAGGCCAACGGGCAAAUUAUGGGCUACCGUGUCUACUACACCAUGGACUCUGCCCAGCAAGUCAACACAUGGGAGAAGCAGAUAGUGCGUGGAUCAAACUUCCUCACCAUUCAGGGCCUCAUCCCCAAUAAGACCUACUACAUUAAGGUCCUGGCCUACACGUCCGUGGGUGAUGGACCUCUCUCUGCAGAUCUCCAGAUCAUAGCCAAGACGGGAGUCCCUUCUCAACCGACCGACUUCAAAGGGGAAGCCAAAUCUGAAACAAGCAUACUACUAUCGUGGAUAGCCCCAGCACAGACUGGACAAGACAAUCAAAUCAUGGGAUAUGAACUUCUGUACAAGAAAGGGGAUGACAAGGAGGAGAAACGCAUCAGCUUUGAGCCUACCACCACGUACCUGCUGAAGGACUUGAAGCCCUUCACUACUUAUAUUUUCCAGCUAGCCGCGCGCAGUAAGCACGGUAUCGGGGCCUACACCAAUGAGAUCUCCGCAGAAACCCCUCAAACACAGCCCUCAGCUCCACCUCAGGAUAUCAAGUGCUCUAGCCCCAGCUCCACCAAUAUCCUGGUAAGUUGGCGGCCUCCUCCUACGGAGUUACAGAACGGGAUCAUAGUUAAGUAUGCCGUCCAAUACGCCGCCACUGAAGGGGAGGACACCACCACCCGAAAAAUAUCCGACAUCCCUCCAGAAAGCGCCCAGUACCUCUUGGAAAACUUGGAAAAAUGGACGGAAUACCGUGUGACAGUGACUGCUCACACAGAUGUGGGUGAAGGACCUGAAAGCUUACCACAACUCAUCCGCACCGAGGAGGAUGUUCCCAGCGGCCCGCCUCGUAAAGUCGAGGUGGAGACUGUCAACUCCACGUCAAUAAAAGUCAUCUGGCGCUCGCCGAUGCCCAUCAAGCAGCACGGGCAGAUCCGAGGGUACCAGGUGCACUAUGUCAGGAUGGUUAAUGGGGAGCCCAUGGGACAGCCAGCCAUCAAGGACAUCUUGAUUGACGAUGCGCAGUGGGAAUAUGAUGAUUCAACUGAACAUGAAAUGGUCAUCACGGAGCUGCAGGCUGAGACUAUGUACUCAGUUGCCGUGGCAGCCUACACGACAAAGGGAGACGGAGCUCGCAGCAAGGCCAAGCUGAUCACCACCACUGGCGCAGUACCUGAAAAACCACGACUCAUGGUCAGCCCCACCAAUAUGGGCACUGCCCUCCUCCAAUGGCACCCCCCGGCUUUAAUCCACGGCCCCCUGCAGGGCUACCGCCUCCGCUUCGGCCGCAAAGAUGUCGACCCUCUGACCAUCAUUGAGUUCCCAGAGCGUGAGAACCACUACACCACCAAAGAGAUCCACAAGGGGGCAUCAUACACCUUCCGCUUGUCCGCCCGUAACAAGGUGGGCUUCGGCGAGGAGACGGUCAAAGAAAUCAGCACCCCUGAAGAUAUGCCUAGCGGCUUCCCACAAAGCAUUGUAGCCGAGGGCGGCACUACCACCACCAUUCAGGUGAGCUGGAAUCCACUGUUACUGGCGGAGCGCAACGGCGUUAUCGCGAAGUACGCCCUGCAGUACAAGGACAUCAACAGCCCUCGGAGCCCCUCGGAACUCUUCAUCACCGCCCCGGAGUCCACCGUCACCCUUGACAGCCUCAAGGCAGACACCACUUACGAUAUCAAAAUGUGUGCCUUCACCAGCAAAGGCUCUGGCCCCUAUAGCCCCAGUGUCCAGUUCAGGACACAGCCCUUGGAUCAAGUGUUUGCAAAAAAUUUUCAUGUGAAAGCUGCCAUGAAGACAGCUGUGCUCCUCACCUGGGAGAUCCCAGACAACUAUAAUGCAGCUCAGCCCUUCACAAUCCUUUAUGAUGACGGCCAGAGCGUGGAGGUGGACGGCAAGCUCACUCAGAAGCUGAUCACGGGUCUACAGCCCGAGACACAGUACUCCUUCCUGCUAACCAACCGGGGCAACAGCGCUGGGGGUCUCCAGCACCGCGUCUCCACCAUGACCGCCCCUGACAUCCUGCGCACCAAGCCCUACCUGAUUGGCAAGACCAACUUGGACGGCAAAGUCACUGUAGAACUACCCUCAGUCCAGACUUCAGAGAAAGUCAGGGGAUACUACAUAGUGGUGGUGCCUCUGAAGAAACAGCGCACAGGAAAGUUCCACAAACCCUGGGACAGUCCAGAUGAGAUGAACCUAGAAGAGCUGCUGAAAGAGAUUAACCGAACAAGCCGAGGCCUUCGCUUCCGGAGGCAAGCUGAGCCCAAAGCCUACAUCGCUGCCUACUUCAAAGACCUUCCCACCGACUUCACUCUGGGAGACACCAAGAUCUAUGGUGACUUUGAAAACAAGCAGCUCGCCAACGGCCAAGAGUACAUCUUCUUUGUGCUUGCUGUCCUCGAUAUCUCUGAAAAUACCAUGUAUGCCACAAGCCCCUACUCUGACCCUCUUGUGUCAGCUGACCUCGACCCCCAGCCAAUCAUUGACGAGGAGGAGGGACUUAUCUGGGUGGUGGGCCCAGUGCUCGCUGUUGUCUUCAUCAUCUGCAUCGUCAUCGCCAUCCUCCUGUACAAGAGCAGCAAACCAGACAGGAAAAGGGCAGAAUCCGAAGCUCGAAAGGGAAGUCUACCCAACAGUAAGGAGAUGCUGUCUCAUAACCCCACCGACCCUGUGGAGCUUCGACGCAUCAACUUCCAAACGCCUGGUUCAGGUGACCCUAGUUACCCCAGUAACUUCCAUUUGUCAAGCAUGGCCAACCACCCACCAAUCCCCAUUUUGGACCUGGCCGAUCAUCUGGAGCGAUUGAAAGCCAACGACAACCUGAAGUUUUCACAAGAAUAUGAGUCCAUCGACCCCGGGCAGCAGUUCACGUGGGAACACUCCAACCUGGAAGUCAACAAACCAAAGAACAGAUAUGCUAACGUGAUAGCAUAUGACCACUCUAGAGUCCUGCUAUCAGCUAUUGAUGGUAUCCCUGGAAGUGAUUACAUCAACUCCAACUACAUUGACGGCUACAGGAAGCAGAAUGCGUACAUCGCCACGCAGGGCUCGCUGCCUGAGACGUUUGGCGACUUCUGGAGGAUGAUCUGGGAACAGCGGAGUGCCAACAUCGUCAUGAUGACCAAGCUGGAGGAGAGAUCCAGGGUGAAAUGUGACCAGUACUGGCCCACUAGAGGGACGGAGACCUACGGCCUCAUCCAGGUGACACUGUUGGACACGGUGGAGCUGGCCACAUACUGCGUCAGGACAUUUGCACUUUAUAAAAAUGGCUCCAGUGAGAAAAGAGAGGUGAGACAGUUCCAGUUCACGGCCUGGCCGGACCACGGGGUACCCGAGCACCCCACUCCGUUCCUGGCCUUCCUCAGACGGGUCAAAGCCUGUAACCCCCCAGACGCAGGGCCGAUGGUGGUACAUUGCAGUGCCGGGGUGGGCCGUACGGGCUGUUUCAUCGUGAUCGACGCUAUGCUGGAGCGCAUCAAGCACGAGAAGACAGUGGACAUCUACGGCCACGUGACGCUGAUGCGCGCCCAGCGGAACUACAUGGUGCAGACGGAGGACCAGUACGUGUUCAUCCACGACGCACUCCAGGAAGCCGUCACCUGCGGCACCACCGAAGUGCCCGCCCGAAACCUCUACGCCUACAUCCAGAAGCUGACUGGGAUCGAGGGCGGAGAGAACGUCACGGGCAUGGAGCUGGAGUUCAAGCGUUUAGCCAACACUAAAGCCCAUACGUCGCGAUUCAUCAGCGCCAAUCUCCCCUGCAACAAGUUCAAGAACCGCCUUGUGAACAUAAUGCCAUACGAGUCCACGCGAGUGUGUCUUCAGCCAAUCCGAGGGGUGGAGGGCUCCGACUACAUCAAUGCCAGUUUCAUUGAUGGAUACAGGCAACAGAAAGCCUAUAUUGCCACGCAAGGGCCGCUAGCGGAGACGACAGAGGACUUCUGGAGGAUGCUCUGGGAGCAUAACUCCACCAUCGUAGUCAUGCUAACGAAGCUCAGAGAAAUGGGCAGGGAAAAAUGCCACCAGUAUUGGCCAGCAGAGAGGUCGGCCAGGUACCAGUACUUUGUGGUGGACCCCAUGGCUGAGUACAACAUGCCCCAGUACAUCCUGCGAGAGUUCAAAGUGACUGACGCCAGGGACGGACAGUCACGGACGGUAAGGCAGUUUCAGUUUACAGACUGGCCCGAGCAAGGUGUGCCAAAAUCGGGAGAGGGCUUCAUCGAUUUUAUUGGCCAAGUUCAUAAAACAAAAGAACAGUUUGGCCAAGAUGGGCCUAUAUCUGUCCAUUGUAGUGCGGGUGUGGGUAGGACCGGUGUCUUCAUCACCCUCAGCAUCGUAUUAGAGCGGAUGAGGUACGAGGGCGUGGUGGAUAUCUUCCAGACAGUGAAAAUGCUCCGGACACAGAGACCGGCCAUGGUGCAGACAGAGGAUCAAUACCAGUUCUGUUACAGAGCUGGCUUGGAAUACCUUGGAAGCUUUGACCACUAUGCAACGUAAGAGUCCCUGUCCCGGAGGAAAAGCAGAAGGCCCUUGGACAACCCCAGCGAGCCUCUCUUCUGAGCCAUAAUUUCCUGCUUGAGAAAGUACUUCUUAACUCCUAACUAAAGACUCAAUUUAGGCCUAGAUUCAAUCAGAUCAAGUGUUACCCGGCGAUAGCAGACCCCCGCAUAGCAGAUGUUCUGGCGGUGUCGGAGGUGGAACUGCGUUGGAGCAGUCAAAGCGGUGAGCAGCUGCUCUUGCGAUAAUUGUCACGAAGCCACACCCACCCCACUCGCAUUAGAAGUUCAGAGCGAGAAAGUGUAGGCUAUAUAGACAUAAUUACACUCAAAUAGAAAAAUCAUUAAAGUAAAUAAUGAGGGUUUCUAUCAUCAUAAUGGUGUAGAUUCCAUCUUACAUUCCAGUGUUCCAACUUGUAAACAAGGCUGCAUUGGAAUUCUGUUAAUGCGACUCCAUGCAGCCCAUGGCAAUGCCCACUUUAGGUGUAAUGCCGGGAGCCACUUGUGGAUUUGACAGCUCUAACGCAGUUCCACCUCCAACACCGUCAAAACAACCACUACACGGAUGUCGGCUAAAGCGGAUCUGAUUGAAUAGAGCCCUAAGUGUUAGAUGUGAGACACAAAAAUUUCAAAAAAUUCAUAAAGAUUAUUCCUGGAGGACCAAGUGUUUCCCAAAACCCAUGGAACUCAUCCUGACACGGGAAACAGAGAGGGAAUCCUGACUGUUGAAGCAUCUUAUGGAAUAAUUUUUUUUCUGUUGCUUCAAGGAUUCGUCUUGGGUUAAAAAAACUGAAAGAAACACAGACAAAAUAAUAACACAACGUACUAUUACAUCGACAAGUAAUGCAUCAUAUUACGAACCACAAGAGAGAGAAAUGGAGGCACACAGAAUGGCUUAAAACUUGAUGCACAUUGUAAAGAGACAUUUCUGUCCCACAAUCAAACUACACAGAGACAUCUAUCCAUUGAAAAAGAAGACACCAGUGCUUGGUCCACUAUGAAAAAAAUACCCCGUUUCCUGUCGCAACGUUCAUCAUUUAAAGAAUUGGGGGGAAAGGGGGAAUGUUUAAAGAUAUAUGAAACAAAUAAAACCUAUUGAUUUAGUUUUUUAGUACUUUAUUAUACAGUUGAUAUGUGCUUUAUUUUAAACUGUGUGAAAUUUGAUUUCCUUUUUUUAACAAAACGUAUCACUCGACAAAGUGAAUCAAACAAAGUAUUUGCGUAAUCGUUCACUUUUCUCUUCCGAGUUGUAUUUUUUUAAGCUGUAGAACUGUUCUAAUGUAUGCACCGUCAUGCAGAGAAAGUCUUUGCUCUUUUAGUUUUUCUUGCAAAUUUUGGGGGUUUGUUUGUCUCAAUAUGUGCAGUCCUGUAUUCACACUACCAAAUGUUGACUUUGCUACAGGGUUUUUUAGUUUUGUCUUAUUUGUCCAAUAUCGGAUACACAAUAACUUACUUACACACUCAUGCGAUAAACUGGGGCUUUGUGGAAUCAACAGGGAUGAGCAAAGUAUGAAGUUGCUGCUACCGAUUAUCUUAGUUCUUCCAUGUUAGAAUGAAGGUAAAAGAUGAGCACCUGAUGGAUAAGAUACGUUAUAUAUACGUAUUUAUGGUAUAUAGAAGAUGACAGAUAUGAAUGAUAUAUUAAUUAUAAUAUGAUCAUAACCUAUAACAUAUGUAUACUGAAAUAAAGUACAUAUAUAAAACGAAUGGAUUGUAUAUGAAAGCUUCCACAAUGAGAUGUCUAUACUUUGGGGGAAAUGAAGAGAUUUUUCACUGGAAUGCACAUCAGUAGGACAAAACGUAUUCUGAUUCAGUGCAUAUUUUCUCGUGCAAUAAAUAGGUGUAUUAUGAAUAGGGUUCAUAUGGAUACUUUGUUAGUCGUGACGUUGUUGUUGUGGUGAGGCAUGUAGGUGGGGAACGUGUCACUCGACGUAUCACCAGUGCAUUUAGAUACGCUCAUAAAGUUUGUAGCUCCAUAGCAGGGGGUCGCUUAGACUAAGUCAAUGUUCCAUACACUAGGACAAGGUACAAAGACGUCACGUUCUUCUUGAGGUGUUCAAACGCUCAACAGCGUAACAUGUUUUCAUUUUGCAUUUAGAGUGCCUUAUAUUUCUGUCUGUUUUUUUUAUAACCUUCAUUUCACACAUUAUUGUAAUAUUUGAGUAGUCCAUACAUAUAGUACAUAUAACUGUAUAUUUAAUUUUUAUCUUAAGUAUUCAUUUGUUACAUAAUAUGAAAUUAUAUAUGCAAAUGCGUACAUGGCAAGGCUUUCUAUUUUCAGUUUCUGUGGCCUUCUUGUGGCUCAGUGAAAAUCAUUUUUUUUUUAAAUAGUAGAGCAUUCAAUGGGAAGGAGACCGAUGUUUACCCCCCCUUUCGUAUUGUCUUUUUGUACUCAUUUCAAGUUCUUAAAUCUAAAAAGAUCCAGCACUUAAUUGGGAUAGAUGUAUAUUUAAAGAGAGGCAACCAGUCAAUGUGCAUUUUAAACAAACUAGGACUAUUAAGAAUGUUAGGAGAAUUAAGGGAGUCAAAGCCAAAUGCCUGUUGUCGACAAAGACAUGUAUCAUGGGACAAGUAGUGGAGUCCAUGAGCUUUUACUGACCUUAACAGUGAAAAGCACUUUCUCUAUUUCCAAUGAGUCAAACGGACUCCAGCAAACGGACACAGUGUACAGUAUAUAGACACUCAGCCAAAGGGUCCCUUCACUAUGCCUUAGGCUGGAAAGUAUUAGACUGAUACCUGUACUUGCAAUUAUAAACAGUUGCAGAAAUAUACAAACUGUUGGACCAGUUAGUGUUACAAAUCUGACAGUACUUAAUUGUGUUUUACGUCUGCUAGUGCGGAAGAUGUACAGUACCAGUUGGAGUUUGGACACACCUACUCAUUCAAGGUUUUUCUUUAUUUAUAUUAUUUUCGACAUUGUAGAAUAGUAGUGAAGACAUCAACACUAUGAAAUAACACACAUGGAAUCAUGUAGUAUCCCCAAAAUUGUUAAACAAAUCAAUAUAGAUUUUAGAUUCUUCAAAGUAGCCACCCUUUGCCUUGAUGACAGCUUUGCACACGCUUGACAUUCUCUUAACCAGCUUCACCUGGAAUGCUUUUCCAACAGUCUUGAAGUUCCCACAUAUGCUGAGCACUUGUUGGCUGCUUUUCCUUCACUCUGCGGUCCAACUCAUCCCAAACCAUCUCAAUUAGGUUGAGGUCGGGUGAUUGUGGAGGCCAGGUCAUCGGAUGCAGGACUACAUCACUCUCAUUCUUGUUUAAAUAGCCCUUACACAGCCUGGAGGUGUGUUAGGUCAUUGUCCUGUUAAAAAAUUUAUUAUAGUCCCACUAAGCUCAAGCCAGAUGAGAUGGUGUAUCGCUACAGAAUGCUGUGGUAGCCAUGCUGGUUAAGUGUGCCUUGAAUUCUAAACAAAUCACAGACAGUGUCACCAGCAAAGCACCAUCACACCUACUCCUCCAUGCUUCACGGUGGGAACCACACAUGCAGAGAUCAUCCGUUCACCUACUCUGUGUCUCACAAAGACACAGCUGUUGGAACUAAAAAUCUCAAAUUUGGACUCAUCAGACCAAAGGACAGAUUUACACCGGUCUAAUGUUCAUUGCUCAUGAUUCUUGGCCCAGGCAAGUCUCUUCUUCUAGUUGGUGUCCUUUAGUAGUAGUUUCUUUGCAGCAAUUCGAACAUGAAGGCAUGAUUCACACAGACUCCUCUGAAUAGUUGAUAUUGAGAUGUGUCUGUUUCUUGAACUCUGUGAAGCAUUUAUUUGGGCUGCAAUUUCUGUGGUUGGUAACUCUAAUGAAUGUAUCCUCUGCAGCAGAGGUAACUCUGGGUCUUCCUUUCCUGUGGCGGUAGAGACAGGUUCAUCAUAGCGCUUGAUGGUUUUUGCGACUGCACUUGAAGAAACUUUCAAAGUCCUUGAAAUGUUUUCUCUUUGCUUAUUUGAGCUGUUCAUGCCAUAAUAUGGACUUGGUCUUUUACCAUAUAGGUCUAUCUUCUGUAUGCCACUUCUACCUUGUCAAUCACAACUGAUUGGCUCAAACACAUUAAGAAGGAAAGAAAUUCCACAAAUGAACUUUUAAUAAGGCACACCUGUUAAUUGAAAUGCAUUCCAGGUGACUACCUCAUGAAGCUGGUUGAGAGAAUGGUUGAGUGUGCAAAGUUGUCAUCAAGGCAAAGAGUGGCUACUUUAAAGAGUUUAUUUUACACUUUUUUGGUUACUAGAUGAGUCCAUAUGUGUUAUUUCAUAGAUUGUAUUCAGUAUUUUUUCAAAAAUGUAGAAAAUAGUAAAAAUAUAGAAAAACCCUGGAAUGAGUUGGUGUAUCCAAACUUUUAAUUACGUUUUUUGGGUUGAGGAAACAACAUAUAAUUUUCACCCCACAUUUAUUUGACCCUCGCGCUCUUUGAUGGCUUUGUGGAUGUGCAUUCCAGGUGCUUUCUUUCCCUUUUUAUUUCAAGCAGCUAAAUUGUUUAGUUCAAAAAAAAUAUUAGUUGCUUUUUUUCAACUCUUCUGUCAUAACCGUAUAAAAGUGCUAUUAUUAUUUAACCUUGAUGCCAUAUUUUAUGUACUUAGUUCAGCAGUCUGUGCACAUUAACUGAUCCACAACUUUAAUUUUGUUUUCUCAUCUUGAUUUUUUAAUUUCAAUUAUGCAUGGUGAAACAUUGCAGAAUGGCCGCAGCCGGCCUAAUAGGAAGAAUUGCACUUUCUUUAUCUUUGUACUAUGCACUGCCCUAUUGAUUCUGAACCCAAUAAUAUAUUACUUGAACCCAUCUGUAAGAAUCUCCUUCAACGUUCACUUUGUGUGUAUGUAAAUAACACAUAAAAAGGAUCGACUUUGAAAAAGACAAAAAAAAAGUUUGUGGCAAAAAAAGCAUCCGUGAUUAUUCCAGAAGACAACUUUCAGAAAUUUGUCCCAACCAUCUGUUAUUAACUAACGUGGCUUCGCCAUUCAAGCUUGGAGUGUCAUUACAGAAAUAAACGUUGUGUUCUCUUUGCUCUCUCUAUCUAUCUCUCGUCUGGAUGCAUAGACAGAAAUUAAUUCAUGAAAUUGUAAAAAAAAAAAAGGCUUGUUAAAAGAAUCAUACAAUUACCUCUUAUUAGUUGUAAGUGUAAACUGUUUUUUUUCUGAAUGAAAGGAGUGCUUUUUAUUUUCUUAAUUAGGUUACAUUGGUGGCGAAAGAAGUCUGUAUGAAAAUCAGUUCUUUGCUGACACAAGUUCCAUUUGUUAUAAAUGAAUUCUAUUAAAAAAGUCAGUGUUAUGCA